CCCUCCACCCUCCUGAUGGCCAAACCCCGGUACACCGGACCUCCCGCCGCUUCUCUAACCACUGGCAAGAUGGCAAGUAACCGGUACACCAACAGAUUCCGUCCGGUUUGCAAUGCGUGAGGGCAAACACUGUAGCCCAAGUAACACAAAACACAUUAGACUUCAGGGAAGAUGUGUUUUUUCAAGUUGAGGGUGUAAUUUGGUGGCCAAUUGCACAGUAUACUGGUAGUAAUGGGUUUAGGUUAUAAUGAAUGACUGAAGUGGCAAUUCCACUGAAUGUCCAUUGCAUGGAAUAAGGGGGCUUGGUGUUUAUAUGGUGGGGGAGGGCGUCAUGCUAGAAAUGCCCCAGCCGCUGACGUUGGGGUUAGUUUUUAGCCCCCCCCCCCCAAAAACAAGUCCAGCCAAGAGAGAGAAUUCAGUACUAUUUUGUUUUCAGUCUUUGCACGUUUUCAGCACUUCAACCAUAUUUAUUGUAUUUAGAAACAAAACAAGGAUGUGAGUUUGGUUGCACUGUAACAACAUCAAGAUUUUGGCAUAUUAAUGCAAGAAAUGAUCGGUAGCUUUGUAUUCAUUUCAGGCUGUCCCUGAAGGCAAUAUCUGACCAGCCAUCUUAAAAGAGGCUUUGAAGACUCUAGUUUUAUUUUUUUCAUUUCUCCCCCAGAUGGCGCCACUUUCCAACCAUUCAACGCAUGCAGCAACAUUUCCCCUUUUUUACUGUCUCUUGCCAGAGUGCAUUCGUACUGGUUUGAUCAGUAAAAUAAUGCAAUCAUUUAUGGACUACAGGCGUUCUAGUUUUAAUGUUUCCACCAGAUGACACCACUUACCUCCAUUCAAAGACCUCACUGAGCUAUUAACUUUCAUUAAUAAAGGAUUAAAAUGACAUCCAUCCAUUUUCUGGAGGAAAAAAAAUGUUUUCUAUAUUAGGAUUGCAAAAUGUGAUGAUUUUUUUUUGUUUUGUUUUGUGUUGCGACCAAACAUUUUUUCGUAAGGUGAAAACAUUUGAGAAAUUAAGGUAAUGUAAUGCCUUUGUAUGUGGGAAAGGAAAGUUAUUUAUUUUGCACAAAUGUCUACUUAUGACCAAACAAUUUUUUUUUAUCUAUCUUGAAUUUGAUAACUUUACAUUAAAUUACCCUUAAUUCCCAGUUAAUUCUCAUAAAUUCCCUUUUUUUUGGAAGUUUCCGAUUUAGAAUAUUUCCAAAAUUUCCCAUCUUAAAUGCCAAUUUAAAUUUCCCCCCAAACUCUUACAUGAAAGUUCCCAUCCAUUUGCAAACCUUUAUAUUAAGAAAUAAUAUUUGUAAAUACAACUUUGGGGGACUGUAUACAUACAGUGAGUGGUACCUCAAUUUAGAAGUGAUCGGACAAGUUUUUUGAAAUACAAACUCAUUUGGACGUAUUUUUUGUCUUGUGUUAUGAGCAAAAAUUUUAGUUACGAGCGCUACCUAAGUGGCAGUGAACUUCACAACACAUUGCAGUUUUGCAGAUAGUCAACAAUUCUAUUUAAAAAAGAGUCUUCAAGCUGUUUAUUGCCACUCCCAGUUGAAGUUUACUGUCAAACUAAACAUAAAACUAAGAGAAUUACAUAUUGUGCAUUUUACCAAACCACAUUAACCUUGUUUUAUGAAAGUCAGCUAUCUUAAUGCUGACACAUAAUGCAAAACACCAUAGAGGGGGGCUAAUGAAACUAGCAAUGACGUUGCAGUAAUUUUGAAACCUUUAAACAAUUUAUAUUUCAACACAUUCUGUAACAACACAUUUUCUGUACUGCUUGUCCUCUGUCGGGUCUGCUGGCACCUAUCCAAGCUGACUUUGGACAAGAGGCUGGGUACACCAUGAACUGCUCGUCAGCCAAUUGCAGGGCAGAUAUACCUGUAGACAAACAACCACACACAUUCCCACCUACAGGUAAUUUAGUCUUCAAUUAAUGUAAGAAAUACUCACAGACAUAUAUUCUUUAUCUUCUGUGAAAAAUAACCAGUAAUAUUGCAGCUUAGUAGCGAAAGUCUUUUGUUUCAUCAUCAAAUCUACGUGCAGGAUAGCUGUAUGUAUUUUACUGCCCCCUGACGGCCAAGGUGUUCACAGCAGAAGCAGCAGCACAAUCCCAUGGAAUUAUCAUGUUGCACAGAACUGUUUAAUUUCUUACUUUCCAUUGAUUAUGUUAUUAGUUGCAGCCCUACUAAUAACAUAAUCAAUAGACAGAUUACCAAUGAUUAUUUUGAUAAUCUAUUGAUUUUUUUUCCCAAUUAUUCACUGAAUCGAAUAAACAAAUCUAUUUCGAACCCUCUAUUUAAAAACACGGCGUUAUUUCAAAUUCAUAGUGCAGAAAAUAGACAAACCAAAACUGAUUAUGAUUCAGUUACUGGUUUGGUCUGUAAGAAAAGCAAAAAAAUUGGCAAAAAUAUUGAUCAUUGUUUUUCAAAGCAAAAUCAACUGUUUGGAACUGUCUUAUUUUGAUUAAAAACAAAGAUUAUCAGCAUGCUUUCAUGGAGGACUACAGAAAUCUGACACUAUUUACUGUUGAGAGGCGGAAAUUCAGAGGCUUUGGACAAUUUUAAGUUACAAAAAGGCCCCGAAACAAUUAAUUAUUUAUUAAAAUACCAGUUUGAUACUAGCUUAGUUUUCGAUUAAUUGUUGCACCUGUAGUUAUUAGUGUCUGAUUUUUAAAUAUAUAUAUUUUUUUACAAAGUACAGUACUGUACAAUGCUAUUUUUCUUAAUAAAAAACAUUUAAAAAAAAUUUGCUGGUGUAUUUUGUUGCACUUGAUCAGAUAAAUGGCAUCUCCAUUCGUUGCAAUGGAGAAAGACGAUUUGAGAUCAGAGUGUUUAGACUCAAAACACGUAACUUGUACUACAAAUAUUGUCAUUUUGAGCAUUUAUUUGCAGAAAAUGAAAACAUGUAAAUAAAGACUUUUUUGGGGGGGCGGUAUUUAUUUUUUCCUGGCGCUAUAUGUAUAUUGAAGGUUGGUCAAAAUCCAAAGUUAUCAUUACAUUCUUUUAAAAAGUGUUAUUUGUACUGGUCUGCCAUAGAGGGUGUCCCUAAUAACGUGUCCCGAGUUUGUCUGCCCUCUCUGCACGUGAACAUGCAGCCCAAGCCGAGCCCAAAGCUACUGAUCCUUGCUGGCACCCUACAGAAGUCCCACCCCAACCUCCUCUUCCUCAUCCCCAAGGAGAGCACAUUAGCUUUGGCAGUGUUGUCGGAUGCAGCAGGAAGCGGAUGCGGCGGGAUGAGAGGACGCAGACGGGAUGGAGGAGGAAGAGGAAGAGGAGGAGGAGGAGGAGGCUUUCAAGGAGAGUGAAGGUGGAGAGGCAGGACUGCUCUCUCGGUGGACGAUGACACAUUCUUAGUCCUUGUGGAGGAACAACAUCACUAAGAGGGCAUUCGAGUUGUCGCAUGGAGAAAAACAGGAUUUCAGAUAGUCCCUGAAGAUGACACAAGACCUGAUUGAGAGAUGAAAUGAAACCAUUAUUGGGAUUGCCCUCAUGUUGUCCACGGCUCAGCAGAUGCUGCAGGACAGCCGCUCCAAGAUGAAGCUUCUCCGGCUGCACAUCAUCAAAGUGGCGCAGGCCGCAAGCGACCAAGACAAUCAAGACGCAAACAUCACAAUGCACCAAGGGACAUCUAAGGCUGAUGCCCGACUGGCCAAACUGCAUCACUACACGCAGCGCGAGCACGAUGCCCUGCGACUGGCCGAGGAUGUGCUGACGCAAAUGGACGCCGUCUCCUCGCUGGAUCACGAGGCUCGCACGGAGGCUGAGACACGGCGCGACCAUUCGUCCCAGCGUUUGCGUCUCCUGCGGGCGUCCGUGGAGGCAUGUCUAAGGGACGGCAGGAGGGCCACCACGCCCGAGAGGACUGACGCCCACUCAGAUCCGGGUCCGUGCCCGGCAACCAUCUCCAGUCAGCUGUCCAGCAGACCUGCCUCGCUGACAGGGAAGAUGGAGGUCAGAUUGCUUGGAUGUGAAGAUUUGUUUUCACCUGUUGUUGACCUAACAUCUGAGACGAGCGCCACCUUGAGGCUGGAUGGGAGAGUGGUGGGCAGGACGCGCUGGGCAGCGGCAGGCAGGCUGAACUGGGAUCAACCCUUCUGCCUCACGCUGGAGCGAUGUCGUGAGUUGGAGGUUGACGUGUUUUGGCGGGACGCCAGCAACAUGUGUGCACUCGGGUUCCUGCGCCUGGACCAGCUCCUGGACCAGCAGAACCAAAACCAGGAAGACCAAGACAACGGCCAUGUCUCCUCACAUGUGUGGUGUCUGGAGCCCAGAGGCCUCCUCCAUGCUCAGUUUGACUUCCUGGACAUGGUGGUUGAGCGACAGCACAAACUACGACGCCAGCAGUGCAUCUUCACCAAAGAAAGAGGUAAGAACUUCCUUCGUGCGGCUCAGCUGAAUGUGAACUUUUCCACCUGGGCUCACCUGAUGCUGAGCGUGCUUCCUGGUUAUGGGUCCUUCACUGCUGACUCCGCCUCCAACCCCGCCCCCAAGUCAUGCAUGCCACCACCAUCAAGGUCUCCGUCGCCGCCAAGUGAGGCACCGACAAGCAGAAGUCCUCCUGGCCACCAGGAGGUGACGCAGGAUGACGGCGACGCCACACUUAAUGAUAAAACCCCGGGAACGAUUCAGCAACAACAGAUGUCGUCCUUCACCAGGAGAAAAGAAAGUCAAGACCACUCAGCUUCUCCUGUCAAGUGGCACAUGUCAGAUCUGCGCUAUAUGUCCGUGCUUGGUAGAGGUCAUUUUGGCAAGGUGCUGCUGGCCGAAAUGAAGCCCACGGGCCGCCUGUACGCCGUCAAGGCCUUGAAGAAGAGCGACGUGGUCACACGUGACGAGGUGGACAGCCUGAUGAGCGAGAAGAGGAUACUGGAGCUGAUCAGGACACGGCGUCAUCCUUUCCUGGUCCAGCUGCACGCCUGCUUUCAGACCAGAGACCACGUCUGCUUCCUCAUGGACUUUCUACCCGGAGGAGACCUCAUGAUACACAUACACAACCGAGCCUUCACGCCACAGCAGACCAGGUUCUACUCGGCCUGCGUGCUGCUGGCGUUGGAGUUCCUGCAUGUCAACGAGAUCAUCUAUCGAGACCUCAAGUUGGACAACCUGCUGAUGGACGCCGACGGCUUUAUCAAAAUGACCGACUUUGGACUUUGUAAAGAAGGGAUUGGUCACGGAGAUCGCACGUCAACCUUCUGCGGAACACCUGAGUUCCUGGCGCCGGAGGUUCUGACGGACGACGACUACACGCGGGCUGUGGACUGGUGGGGGAUGGGUGUGCUCAUCUACGAGAUGCUGGUGGGCGAGUCGCCGUUCCUGGGUGAGGACGAAGAGGAAGUGUUUGACAGCAUCGUCAACGAUGAUGUAACAUACCCCCCGUCGCUUCCGCCUGAUGCCGUGGCAAUAAUCCAGAAACUACUGAAGAAGAAUCCACUGAAGAGGCUCGGUGGCGGAGAGAGAGAUGCUAACGAGUUGAAAGGGGAGACUUUCUUUGAGGACAUGGACUGGGACGCCCUCCUGUCCAAGCAAGUGUCGCCGCCCUUCCUGCCAUCCCUAAAGACGUCGGCGGACGUUAGCAACUUUGACAGCGACUUCACGCGCCUUCAGCCCGUCCUGUCUCCACCCGCCACGCCCGGCGGACUCUCGGCCCAGCAGCAGGAAGCCUUCGCCGACUUUGACUUCUGCGCCCUGCACAGCUGACCCUCAUUCGCCGGCCAACAAUCCAUCCCCGAACCACUACCGUUCCCUGAUCUUCCAGAUCUGCUUUACUGUGAUGAGCUCUGCCCACUGCCGUGACCACACAGGUGGUCACAUGACUCCUGCAUGGCGCCUGAUGUAGCAUUAUUAAAAUAUAAUAAUUAACAAAGCCAUGGAAAUGCUAAGAGAGCCAUACUUGUAGUUUACGGCCACAAACAAAAGUCAUUUAUUCAUCACGAUACACAGCAGACGUUGAAAUAUGUCAAGACAUUAUUAAGGAUUGACAUUAAUAAUGACCGUCAGUAUGCAAAAGAAAGGGGGAAAAAAACAAAGGAACCAGACUGUUAUUAAAUGUUACUAAAUGCUAUUUAUGCUAUAUGUACUGUAUACGAGAGAAUGAAUGUGCGCAAACACCACCACGAUCACCACAUUGUUUUUUGUGUGUCUGGUCCUCAAUAAAUUAAAUAAGUUCA